AUGGGCAUCUACAUUCCGCGACAAUGGCGGCUCCCACGCAUGGUGUGGUUCCUCAUCGCUUUCGAGCUUCCCUUUACGGUUGCAAACUUGGCGCUAUUCGGUAUCGCGAGUCCGAAUUUGUACCGUACGAUUCUCUGGAAGGAGGGCGGGAAGAUGGGGUAUAAUAGCGACCCUGAUACGAUAGUGUAUGCGUAUGCGAACUAUCGACCUGUAUCGAUCCCGCUGGUGUGGAGUAAUUUCAACACACAAUACCACCUUGUAAUCGGCGUGGUAUGCUUGUUCUUCUGGCUGGUCAAAGUCACGUUCGCGCUGCUCAAGGUCUUCUACCCCAUCCUCUCCGUCAUGCUACACAUCGCCCUCGUCACACUAUGGGCAUACGGAAUCCACAUCCAGACAGCGCCCGACACCAUCGAUCCCUCGCGCGCCAACCACGGCGCACCAUGGUACAUCACAAAGAACUGCGACAUCGUCGACGACGGCACAAUACGAAAGUACUGCAUGCAAGCCAAGAGCUCAUUCGCAGUAAGCAUCAUCAUGCUCGCAAUAUACACCCUCUUCCUCCUCCUCUCCUUCUACUCCCUCUACCCCACCGCCUCCCAACGCUCCGCCGCAGCAGCCGCCCGCGCCGAAAAAGCAGCCGAGAAGGAAAAAUGGUCCGCCUCGCCGUACGACAACGAAAUGACCGCAGAGCAACAAUGGCAGCACAUGUGGGAGCUACAACAAUUGCCGCGCACACCGGGCUUCAAGACGCCCAUGACGCCCCGCACACGUGCGUUCAACGAGCUCGAGGGCGGGACGUAUCAUAGCACUGGGGGCGAGGCCGCGCCUGGGGAUAUGGGGCCCGGCGGGCUGGGCGUGCAGGGCGCUGGCGGGUGGUAUGGGCACGGGCAGGGGAGUGUCAUGGUGCAUCCUGUUAGUCCUGUCGCGGAGGAGGAGGAUGCGUAUCCGUAUCCGUAUCCUAAUCCGCAUUUGGAGGGGAAGGGGAAGGCGAAUGUGUAUUAG